ACAAGUGGCACCUCGUCCUCCUUGCGGCGAAAGCCCAAACACGCCAGAUUCAUUCCUUCUCUCUCCCCGCGCCGCCGGCGAGAUGUUUCGGAGCCCCGCCGCCGCCGCCGCUCUCCUCCGCCGCCUAGCCCCCCGCAUCUCCGGAGGCGCUGGCCCCUCCUCCACCCACCGGCGCUUCCCUCCCCCGGUUUCCGCCUCCGUCCUCGCCCGCUUCUCGUCCACGCCGACCUCAUCCCCUUCGCCGCCGCCCCCCGCCGCCGCCCGUGGUGACGAGGCGGAGGAUGGAGAUCUCCGAGAGGAAUCGGGCGAUUCUGGCGCCAGGCUCAGCAUCACCGUCGACCGCUCCGGCCUGUACAAUCCCCCAGAGCACUCGCACGAGCCGUCUUCGGACUCCGAGCUAGUCAAGCACCUCAAGAGCAUCAUAAAGUUCCGGAGUGGCCCUAUCAGCGUAGCUGAGUAUAUGGAGGAGGUGCUGACGAACCCACAAUCAGGUUUCUACAUAAACCGUGAUGUGUUCGGGACUUCUGGCGAUUUCGUCACCUCGCCGGAGGUCAGCCAAAUGUUUGGAGAGAUGAUUGGUGUGUGGGCGAUGUGCCUCUGGGAGCAAAUGGGGCAGCCCGAGAAAGUCAAUCUGAUUGAGCUUGGUCCAGGGCGGGGAACUCUGUUGGCAGAUCUACUUCGUGGGUCAGCUAAGUUUGUUAAUUUCACCAAAGCAAUAGAUAUUAACUUGGUAGAAUGCAGCCCUACUUUGCAAAAGGUUCAAUACAAUACUCUGAAAUGUGAGGAUGAGACCAUUGGUGUGGAAACAAGGACAGUUAGCAAGCUUUGUGGAGCCCCUGUACACUGGCAUGCGUCCCUUGAACAGGUUCCUUCAGGAUUGCCAACUAUAAUUAUUGCGCAUGAAUUUUAUGAUGCCCUGCCGAUCCAUCAAUUUCAGAAAGCAUCACGUGGCUGGUGCGAGAAGAUGGUGGAUCUCACAGAAGACUCAUCGUUUCGCUUUGUUCUAUCUCCACAGCCUACAGCUUCUUUACUUUAUCUUUCCAAGCGGUGUGGUUGGGCUAGUUCUGAGGAACUUGACAAGGUUGAGCAUAUUGAGGUCUGCCCGAAAGCAAUGGAGAUAACUGAACAGAUUGCAGAUAGAAUUAGCUCAGAUGGAGGAGGUGCACUUAUCAUUGACUAUGGAAAAGAUGGAAUAGUCUCUGAUAGUCUUCAGGCAAUCCGCAAACACAAGUUUGUACACAUAUUGGAUGACCCUGGUUCAGCUGAUCUGAGUGCUUACGUUGAUUUUGCAUCAAUCAGACACUCUGCUAAGGAGGCUUCAGAUGAUAUUUCUGUUCAUGGGCCAAUGACCCAAUCCCAGUUCUUGGGCUCUCUUGGUAUCAACUUUCGUGUGGAAGCUCUGCUCCAAAACUGCACUGAGGAGCAAGCUGAGUCUCUGCGAACAGGCUACUGGCGUCUUGUCGGAGAUGGGGAAGCCCCAUUCUGGGAAGGUCCUGACGACCAAACCCCUAUUGGCAUGGGUACAAGGUAUCUGGCCAUGGCCAUUGUCAACAAGAAGCAAGGCACACCCGUUCCAUUCGAAUAAAAAAAAGGUGGAACCAUUCUCCUUUACUCAGGUAAAAUAACAUGACUGCCGAUGAAUUCUUCUGGCGAAUGGUCCAGACAAGGGCAAUUCUCGUCAACUUUUCUAAUGCACACCAUACAUGGACUCGUUCAUAUGUGUGCUGCUUUUUCUAAAGGAAAGGUGUGUACUACUUUGUACUUGCUGCACGGGAAGAAUUGGCCGGUUUGACAUUCCAUUUACAUAGGUUUCUCCGUGCAAGAAUUGGUGGUUGUAUCGCAGUUUCUGGUACCAUUCCUGAACUCCUAGUGUGCAACCUUGAGAUACAAGCUAUGCACAUUGUUUAGCUGCAGAGCAGAGUCUGCUUUUUAGACCUUAGAUGUCAUGCAUUACGCAUUUGUGUGCCUUUGUUUGUUUUAUGUAUUCCAGUUCACUGCUCCUAAAGUCUAAAGAUGCUAUAGAUUAGUAUAUAAGACCAGUUUACCCGCCUCAAAAGCAUGCUUAUCUUAUGGCGUUCGUGCAAAGCCUUGUGUAAUUGUAUCCUUGUAUGCCACCAAUCAGCUGAAGUCAAUACGUUUUGUUCGGUACAAAUCUUCAAAGUCUCUGCAUUUUAUUUCUCCAGUCAAGCAACUACAAUAAUAAUGCAGUUCUCUUCUACGGCAACAAAGCGUCAUGCUCUUUGACAUCCUAACACCAAAGCCCCUGCAAAAUAACAGGGGAAGAUGACUGUUUGACAGCCUCUUGUUCAACCAAACCAAUCGCUGCCAACAUCUGCAGUUGAUCACUUCAAAAGUUCAGAGCUUCUCAACCAAACAGCGGUGCAUUCCAUCCCACAACCGUCAGAAUCCAUCGAAGAGGUCGGUAAAAGAAGAUUAAGCUAAAGUUGGGCAGAAAAAAAAAGGACUUCUCCAAUUAUUGGCUUUCGCUGAUGAAAGCAGGCAAGGGCAAAGAAAAGCUCAUAGCACUUUUUAUUUUUUUUUAUUUAAC